CUCUGAAGAGGCGACUUCCCACUUGCUGUAACGUAGUGCGUCUUCCCGUCCGACCCCCGUGACCGUCUCGCAUACGUACAGCAGGCCAGCUUCUUAGCACCGCAACCAGCAUACAGCUGCUUAGGCGCUCGUCCACCGCUGACGUUUGGGAAGUUGACUUGUCGGGUUCUAUUACAUACUUUUGGAAACCGCUUUGAGUACCUGACCCAACAUGGACGACGAUGACCUAGAUCAAUUCCUAUAUGGGGAAGCCGUCUCGAAAAGUGAAAGCAAUGGCCAGGCACCGACCCCUCCUACUCAAGAAGAGGUUUCGGCCGGCGAACUGGUAGAGGAGGUAGAGGAGACCGCACCAGCUGCUGUAGCAGACGGGGAGGAGGAUGAUGCGCCUUAUGAGCCACCAGAGGAUGAUGAUGACGAGCCGUAUGAGCCACCACAAGCUCAGGAGACACCGGCGCAAAGCGGAGCCGUAUCGCAGAACCUGUCGAGCUUGGAUGUCGAUGGUGAGGACGAAGAAGAUGAUGACAGCGAUGAUGACAUCGAGAUUGUUCUGGAUAGCAUAGGACCGGGUGCACAAUCGGCGCCAACAACACCGGGAAACAACAUGCACUCGCAUCAGCAUCCGCAAGUACAACAGCUGCAACGAACAAAUACAUCCGAGAGCGCAACGGUCAAAGCCAGUCCAGUCGUAAGGAUUCCAGCGAAGCUUGCGCAGCCUAUACCAAGACAAGAUGGAACAAUAGCACCACCCGUCAAACCACCCGUGAUUACGAAAUCCGUAGUAGACGUAGAAGAAGCCGGCAAAUUCGACGGCGUUGAGCUCAUCAAUCUCGACCUCGACACGCUGGAAGAGAAGCCAUGGCGUCGGCCGGGAGCGGAUAUAACCGACUUCUUCAAUUAUGGGUUCAACGAGCAGACUUGGAAGGCGUAUUGCGGAAAGCAGAAGGGGAUGCGCGAGAAGGUGGCUGCACAGGUGGCCGAGGUGGGCAUGUCGGCGGGUGCACUGGGAAUAGGGAUGCCAGGGCAACAACAGCAGAUUGCGGGUGCACGGCCAGGCAAACGCCCAAGAGAAGAAGAUGAAAUGAUGGACUACGCAACAGCCGAGGACAUGAUGAUGGCGCAACAUCAACAACAACCGCUGCAAAUGCGGAACCCGCGGUUCUUCCCGCCUGACGGGUUCAUGCCAGAUUUCGGCGGCCCACCACCCAUGGGAAUGUUUGGCGGUCCGGUGAGUGCCCUCCUUCGCGCCUCAUUCGUGUAAGCGCGUCCCCAAUCCUGACGUAAACAUUCUAGGAUCCCUACGGUGGCAUGCCAC